GUAUAUAUUACCCACACAAAGCAUGGACUUUAGGCGUCAUGAAGUAGCAUCAUAAAUGAGUCAUAGACACUGUAAUCUAGACAGCAGAAGCAGGUUCAGUUACAGUUGGGAACAUGCAUCCUGCAGCAUAGUCCCCACAUCCUUCUUCAGCCACCAACCUGUGUUUAACACACCUACACCUUGAAAGAAUUCACUUUUGUGCAGUUUUAUUUAAUCCAGCAAUGAUUGGGAAGCCCUGAGGCACCUCAGCACACUGCCCUCGGUCGGUUGGAGAUCUCACUGCACGCGGGGAGAGCAGUAUAGCAGCGCUCUCUGGCUCCUCUCAUCUCAUUCUUUGGAAGAUGGCGGACUGCGCUUCACUGUUAGACGACGAGCUCUCUUCAUUUGUCUUCAAUUACUUGACUGAAAACUCCGGCAGCCAGUAUGGGGAAGAGGAGGUCUGCUCAGAUGCUGACCGCCUGGAUGCUGACUUCCCUGACUUUGACCUCUCGCAGCUGGACGCCAGUGAUUUUGACUCGGUGAACUGCCUCAGUGAGCUGCAUUGGUGCGACGGGCACUCAGAUCACUCCCCUGCCUCCAUACAGUACAGCGGAGGAGACCCAGAGCUAUUCGAGGAAGAAAAUGCGGCACUGCUCGCUGCCCUCACAGACAGCCUGGACGGCAUUGUUGAGGAUGGAGUCGGGGGUCUGUCUGUGUUCCCUUCGCUGGGGGACGACCCUGAGGAGGGCGAGGAGGAGGAGGAGGAGGAGGAGGAAGAUGACCUCCCUUUGGACAGUGAGCCCCUCCCUGGCUCAUUGAGCCCAGAGACAGAAGACCCAUCUCUACUCAAAAAGCUCCUGUUGUCGCCCCCUAAUGUGCCUGCGGGCCUCGAUUCGCACAAAGACGGCAGCGUGUUUCGCCACAGCAGCAGAAGCCAGCACGUCAAACCCGUGAAGCCUGUACACAAGAAGGACAAAUCAAGCACACAGGAGCGUAAGCCACGGCCGGCGAGGCCCUCCGGUCGUCUUUGCACUGAGCUCCACCGGCAUCUGACCACCGCGCAGGAGACCGAGGACACACCUUCAGCUGACACCGAGGAAGAGGAAGAGGAGGAAGAUGAAGAGGACAGUGACUCGGAGGAGUCGUCCGGCAGCGAGGGCGAGAGCAUGGUGUGUGUCGAGCCACCAAAGCCUCAGUUCUCCUCGGAGAAGGAGAUGCACUCUGUAGUGGAGCUCAUCAAAUACAUGCACACGUACUGCCUGCCCAUACGCAAACAGGCCAUCUGGGAUCGCAGAGAGCGUAAGGCCAAGCCUGAGAGCUCGCAGGUCUCCCGCAGCCUUCCCGUGAUCCCUCAGAAACCAUCUCCUCUGACCAAGCCGAGGGCUCCCUUCACCCGCCGCAGGGAAAUCAAAGCCCACUCCCUGCUGAAGGAGCUGCUGGAGGACGUCAGCUCCUUUGACGUGAGCAAGCCUUACAGGAUGCACAGCCCUCCUUAUAUCCACUGCAGAGGGGCUGCGACUCGCCUCCCUGCUGACCUUCAGCCCAAAGCCGAACCUAAAGACUCGGACUGCGAGAGCUCGCACAAGGCCGCAAAGCGCCCCAAGAGCCCCGAGCCGGAAGAAGGCUCCUUCUCGGUCAGGCGUUCUCGCCGGCUGGCCUCCUUCCCCAGCCGAUUCGCUAAGAGAGUGCGUGUGAACUGCGGCCGGUCGGAAGCCAGUGUUGGACAAUCGAGCGAGGAGGAGAACACGGUCAAGCAUCCUCCCACCGAGCCUCCUUCUGAUAGCAGGCAGAGGAGCAGCUCCCACAAGACGUCUGAAGCCCAUAACCCACGCUGCAGUGACGAGAAACGCUCCUGCCUCUGUCUGCCGCUGGCGUCCAAAUCCAACGGAGACGCGCAGUAUGCCAACAAGUCCUUUGAGCAGACUCUCUCUGUGGAGCUGUGUGGCACAGCAGGCCUGACCCCCCCCACCACACCUCCUCAUAAACCAGUGGAGGACGAGCUCUUCAAACCAGACGGAAAAGUUGAGCUCAGCACCAAGAGCUCGUGCCUGGCACGGGCGCACAUACGCAAGCUCCCAGAGCAGACGGAGCUGUACGCCCAGCUGCGCCGGAUGGGCCAAACGGGCGACAUGGACGCUAAGGAAGGGGCGCAACGUGCAUACGGGGACCACGAUUACUGCCUGUUGGGCCUGGGAGAGAGUUGCAAGACACUGGAGAUGGAGAGACAGGAGGAGAGGCUCCUAACCGAUCGCCAGCAAAGGUCUGAGGCUGAUUCACCCGUGGUGUUGUCCUCGCCCGGUCCAGAGCAGACCGGUCAACCCUCACCUGUCCGGUCUCCCACCCCAGAGCUGGACGCCCAGUCCCCAGUUUCCUGUUCGCCCCCGUCUCCCGGCUGCAAACUCCCCUUCAGCGAUGAGAGCUCUGUGACAUGCCACGGCGCAGCUGAGAAAUGGAGCAAGACAAAGUGUGGACAAGAGAAUGAUGUGAACAAGUGCCAAGUGAUCUACAUUCACAACCUUCCGAGCAGCGUCACUCAGUCCAUGCUGCGUAAGCGCUUCGAGGCCUUCGGCCGUCCGGAGGACUGUAAAGUGGUCAUCAAAAACGAGGAGCGCUGUGGGGUGAUCACACUGAGACCGUCUCAGGAUGGCCAGACCUCACGGCACAGGUGGGACUCGCUCGGUCCGAGCGGGGGGAGCAGCAGCCAGCGGUUCGGCAGGAAGCGUUACAUAGAUCUGGAUGAGGCGGGUCCCGGUCCGGUGAAGAGCAAGUAUGAUGCACUGGACUUUGACGCUCUGCUGAAAGAGGCUCAGAGGAGCCUGCAUCGCUGACACGCGCCUUACCACGCCUCCAGAGUCACGCCCUGCUCGAGACUCGCCUCAGCAGCUCAACCAAGGCACUUCUUCAUGUUUACAUUUUGAACAUUGGAAUAAAAAAAUAGACCUUGUCACUCCUGAGGAUCAGAGGUCAUUGGGGCGAGAGGAUUACAAAGGAACAGAAACAGCUUUGAGACACUGGACACAAGUGCUGCUUCUCGUGUGUGUUUGAUGCCAUUCGUGAUGUUGCGAGCGGCUCGGGCUUUGUAGCAAACCGCACUCUUUUCCAUCGGUUGUUGUGACGUGCGUGUGUUUAUUUUUUAUUUUUAUUUGUACCCCUUUGUCACUCUUCUUAGACCUGCAAGGUGCUUUCACCGUUUUGUCGUACAAAUAUAUAAACAAUAACAGCUUUGUAUUAGCAAAACUUUGUGGAUGUUCAACUCUCUGUGUGUGUGUGUGUGUGUGUUACGAUGGAUUAAAAGUGGAUUUAAAAAAAACGACAAACAAAAAAAUCCUACAAGGUAGAGUUUACAGAUCAAGUAAUUAAGUCAAGAAAAGAGUAGUCUUUUUGUAAUUUUAGUGCUUCCUUGAUUUCAUCUAUGCACUCAAACGAGGUAGUGCUUCUUUAGUCUGGCCUCUGCCCUCCUCUGGUGUGGAAGGGGCUUUUGCUGCUGGGUGUCAGACACAACCGAGUCCAAACCCGAUUGUGCUACCUUAAAGCUGAAGUGUGGCAUUUUUUUAACUUUAAAAUACUCCAAUCCCAGCCCAAAAACUGUUUAAGUAAACACAAAUCCUAAAAAGAAUUUCGAAACAUCUUUUGAUGUUUGAGCAGCCUGACACAUCCAAUGGUGUGAGUUGAGGGGUGGAGCUUUCUGUUUGACUGACCAAUUGGAAACCUGUUUGAAAACAGUCAUUAUGUUUGGUGCAGAGCUACACACUUCCUCUUUAAUUCUCUAGUUGCGGUUACCGUUUUACUUGUCAGAAUGCGACCCAAUCUGGUUCAGAAUCCCAAUCUGACGGAAACGUUUUUCAAGAAUGUAAUGUAUCACAAAUGUGAUUGUAAUUCCCAUCCUAUUGGUCUAGAUUCGAAAGUACAGUUAAGCAUUUCGACUCCCAGUAGCAUAGCCCUACCAGACUUCCAGGCUUUUGCUGAGAGAAGGGUGGCGGUAAACUAGGAGGAAGAUCUUUCCAGAGCUCAAUCUUAUUAGAGAUACAGUCGUAUCUCUGCUUUGUUUACAUGUCACUCUCUCAUACUCUUUCUCUCUAUAAGCUCAAACACUCUUUUUUUACUCUCUCCUUUCUGACAGGGGACGAUCUGCGGGUUUUUUUGUCUCUUUGUCCUUUGUGUGUGUUUUUUGAAGUCUAAACGUGUACCAGUGUAUAACUGUGUGUCGUCCGUGUCUUUUACGGGGUCUAGGGAUGGGUCCGUCCCUUAUUAUAUGCUGGGACCUGUUGCUUUUAUUCUGCAGGGGUCUCCUCGAAUCCUGUGAAUCUAGUGCAGUUGUGAGCAUGUGUGUGUGUGUGUGUGUGUGUGUGUGUGUGCUGGUUUAGAGAGAGCCAUCAGCCUCUCUUAACACCCUAACUCUCCCCUUUAGCCCAGAAACACACCCAAUACCUGAAUGUUUACAUGACUGAAUUCUCUUUCGACUUUUACUAGAGCGCACACUAAGUACAGAACGCCUUAUUUGGUAUUUAAGUAUCCUAUCAGGAAGUGCCUUUUGGCUUUCCCUUUUACGGUACUGAGCUGUUACUUGGACAAGACCUCUGAAUAUUACAGCUGCUUUUGUCCAAUUUGCCCUAUAAGAUCUUUAACUGAAUGAGUGUUUGUGCUUAGUAUGUAUACUACAAAGUAAGUGAGAGAUGUGCUGGUUUACAUGAUAUAUAUAUAUAUAUAUGGAGAAGUAUAUAAUGUGUAUAUAGCACUGUGUCUUGUGUAAACAUGAGAUGUAUGGAUAUGUGCUGUACAGCGAUGUGGUAACGUGUGGUUUCAAAGGGUGGCUCUGAUUGGUUGUUGGUGAACCCGAUGAUGCAGCAUUAAGCAAUACAGGGAGAUCCAGAAGGGAAAUGUUCAUUGAUAUGGCUUCAUAAGUCAAACACAGUUGUAUAAAGUGUCCCUUUAGAAAUGGUUCUAUUUAAUGAGGUUAAGAUUAAAAGUUUUUCUUUUUUAUGCAAUUGAGAUGCAAUACCGCUGAGAGAUCUAAGAAAGCUUUUCUUAUAACAGAAGGCUUUACUGAAGAGGUUGGUUGUAUUAAGGGUAAUCGAAUCCUGUACUGUAUAUUGCAGACGGCUCAGAUCGUACGAAAAGAAGGCAGACGUUUGGAGGGAAAUAGUCUCACAGGGAGAGCCUUAAACCUUCGAGGAAAAUAAAGCUAUCAGUCCUGUCUGAUCUCAUGUACAAUCCAAUGUGUUUUCUUCACUGAGUAAACUUUUUCAAUACAGCCAUAUUAUAAAAGGUAUAUACAUAUAUAUGAUUAUAUAAAUACACAUAUAUAUAUAUUUGUGUUUGUGUAGAUAAAUAUAUAGAUGAUAUAAUUUGUUAUAGACCAUUUUAUUCAGUGUUUCAGAACACUUCAAUACAUCGAACACUGUCAAUCUAGAAUGUACAGAUUCAAAUUAAAAAUGAUAAUAAUAAAAAAAAAAAACUUCCAAAGGGAACCUUCUUCAAUGCAAUACAUUUUUCCAGCCCUCAUUUUAGCAAUCGCUAGACAAGUUGACCAAAAAGUACAUUUGAUGUUUGGAUACAGGAGAAGUGAGGUAUCACAUCAAAUCCAUUUCAAGAAUGUCAUGAUCGUUUGACUUGGCCCUGCUCUGUGUGUGUGUGUGUGUGUGUGUGUGUGUGUAUGAGAGAGAGAGCGCAUGUGAUUUUUUUCCUGUUUUUUUUUUUUAUUAGUUCAUACAAAAUGUCACUUUUAAUUUUUAAUUUUAAUUAAUCUAUGGCCCUGCAAUUUGUUGCUCACAAAGUACAUGCUCUUGCAAGAUAGGAGAAUUUUCCUCUUGAAUCAGCCGUGAUUAUUUUUCGGGGAAGGUUGGAUCAUUUUUAUCAAGAAGUGGUGCCAGAGCAUCAGUUAAUGAAUCACACAUCCAUGUUGAAUUGUAUUGCUGCUUCCAGACCUUUUCUUUUGUGGAAACUAAAUUUGAGUCAAAGGGCAUACAUUUUUCUUCAUUAACUGUUUUUUUUUUUUUUUUUUUGACUAUUUACAUCUAAUGACUAUCAAAUUUGCUAUGAUUUUCCUUUUUUAAUGUAGUUUUCGGUAAAUACUUGUAGUAAGAUUUUAUAUUUUUACAUAUGUUUUGAGUUGUCGUUGUUUUUUUAUUUAUAUGCCACUUAGCUUGGAAGUCUUGAAAUGGUAUUAGUUUUAUUUUCUUCUCGGUAUUGUGUGAUUUUCCUACAUCUUGAGAAUGUGGAGACAAAUGCGUUUCAGUAUUUUUUAAAUUGCUAAAAUCUAGUUUCCUAGCUCAAAUCUAUAUAGUGGGAAUUAUUUGAUGUCAUAAAUUAUAUUUUAAUUCAUGUAAAUAUUAAAAAAAAAAAUGAUGAUGGCUUCCUUUUAAACUGAACACAUUUCUCUUCCGAGAUUGUUUACAUUGUUAAAUUGUAGAAACUGAUCCUCAUAUACUGUAAAAAAAAAAGUACAUAUAUUCAUUGUUUUGCCUCCAAAAAAUAAAAUCCUUAAUGAACAACA